AUGGAAGCCUACGAGGCCGCGAAGUUUUCUCCACGGAGACUCGUUUGUUUCCGUGAGGACGACGAUGAAAACUUUGCACAAUCACCUCCUCCUCCUUCUCCUCCUGCAGGAGGUGUUCCAGUGUCUGCGUCCUUAGACUGCCUGGUGGCGGAGCAGAGCUGCCUCCAGGAGCACUCCUGCAUGGUUCUCUUUCGACUUCUGGAAUACUGUACGGCCGAGGAGGCCGUGUCGCCCCUCAGCUCCGACGCCCGUCUGGAGUGUCUGGAGGGCCAGAACUCGCUGCAGCAGUAUCGCCCCCUGCAGGUCUGCAAGUGUCAGCGCGGCUCCCGCCGGGAGGAGCACUGUCUGCGGGUGUACUGGACCGUCAGGUUUGCAGCUUACGAUGAAUACGACGUGUCCCCGUACGAGGAGCUGGAGGUGAACCUGGUGAGGAACAUUGAGAUGUCCCACAUGGCCUCCAUCAUGGCAGCCUCCAGCUUCCACAUCGACGGUCAGAACCAGUGUCUGAAAGCCGCCCAGGACUGCGGUCUGUACGAGAAAUGCGGCUCCCUGCGGUCGGAGUACGUGGUCGCCUGCACCAAGAGGGCCACCAGCUCCGAGAACAACUGCAACCGCCAGAAGUGUCACAAAGCCCUGCGGCGUUUCCUGGAGCGAGUGCCUGAAGAGUACAGCUUCGCUCUGCUCUUCUGUCCCUGCUCCGACACGCUGUGCGGGGAACGCCGCAGGAAAACCAUCGUCCCGUCCUGUUCCUACGAGGAGAACGUGAGGGGAGAGGAAAGAGCGGGGAAGCCCAACUGCCUGAGUCUGCAGAGCUACUGCUCCAAGGAUGAGCUGUGCAGAUCACGGUUUGCUGAUUUCCAGCACAACUGCCAGCCCUCCCCUCAGUCUGCCUCUGGCUGUGUGAAGGAGAGCAGAGCCAUUUGUUUAAAGGCCUACGCCGGACUCAUAGGGACCAUCAUGACUCCCAACUACGUCAGCAACAGCAGCACAGAGGUGUCCCAGUGGUGCACGUGUGACGGCAGUGGGAACGAACUGCACAGCUGUCAGAGGAUCCUGCGCAUGUUCACCAGCAACAUCUGCCUGCGCAAUGCCAUCAGCUCCAUGGGAUUCGCCGCGGCUCCCCCCGCGGAUCCUCUUUUUUUUUCUCAUCAUUGUCCACAUUUGCAGAUGGGGGACGGUGACGGGGGGAAGAGACGGCAGCAGAAGGAGGAGAAGGAGGAGGAGGAGGAGGAGGAGGAGGAGGAGGAAGGAAACAGUGAAGGGUUCGUCAUCCCGACGUUCUCCGACAAGGACUCCAACAUGGAAUCUAACUCCAGAGGGAGUCAGCGCGGAGCCUCCAGUGGAGCCGUUCCUCUGCUCCCGUUACUGCUCCUGCCCACGCUCCUCCUGGACUGGAACUGAGGGCGACCGCCGGCUUCUACCAUCUCAUUCUACACUUUUUUUUUUUUUAAAUUUUUUGUUAUGUUUUUCUUUUUGAACUUUGACAACCAUUCCAGCACCACGACGGACGUUUGUGAGGAAGAAAUGGAAAUGUUGAUCCUUAAAAAGAAAACAUUAUUUUACCGCCGCCUCCUUUAGUGAUUUCAGAUGCCGGUCGAGUCCUCGGUCCGACGCCGGUCUCCCAUGUGAAGGGAACAAUGAAAGCAGAGCACGGGUGAACGGAGAAGUGCUGUCUGGACCAAAUCCCUGGUCUGCGGCCCACUUCACUCAUCGCUCAAGGCCACGAUUCACCGUACGUGAUCCCAGAAACCCAGACCGGUCCCGAGCGCGGCCGCUUUUGAUUUCUAUUUCAUGACUCACGGUCCGUCUCCCUCUCUGCUGCCCCCUCGGCUCUUUUCCUUCUCUGGCUGACUCAGAUAAUCCGCUCUCCAACAAGCCGAUAAGAAACUAUACAAAAAGUUUAAUUGCUUCGCAGAACAAAAGGCAAAAAUUAGAAAGACUUCAUUAAGAACCGAGUUUCCAGCCGGAGCCGUGCUUUCUUUUUUUUUUUUUUUUUUUUUUUGCACAUGAAAGAUCUUUGCUUAAUCAGUCUUUGGUUCUGCUCGCCACAAAAACCUAUUUCAAGAAAGACGGUACACCUUUAAGAAAAAGCAAUUAAAAACUAAAACGUGUGAGUCAGCAACGCACUCGAACUCAAACUAAAAAAAAAAGACUUUUUAGGUUUUUCAGUGACUGAUACGUUUCUUAAUUUCUCAAACUUUAAACAUUUAAGAAUAUAAAACAAAGAUGGCCGAGUGUUGGGUCUUCGCUUGAUUUCAGGUCUUUUUUUGGGUUUUGGAUUUUCGAGAAUCAAAUCCAACUCCUGUUUGAGUCGUGGCUAAAUCGAUCAGUUUGUCUCCAAACACGAUAGCCGCAAUAAAAAAAAGGAGCUUGAAACGCCUGUAUCGCGCCGCUUGAUCGUUUUUGAUCAUUGCUUCAUUCACGUUUGUCGCAAAAAACGAAAUACGAAAACCGAAAUAGUCAGUAACGUAG